CUUCCGUCAACAUGGAACGAGCAGCUCGCGCUAUUCAGGGCCUAUUACCGAGUACCCUUCCCCCAUCUCUACGAACAACUCCUGCCAACCUCUACCAGGUGCUUUCUCGAGCCCCUGGAGCUGGUGUUGGCCAGCGCGUGCACCAGAUCCGUUGGACGGAGAAAGGUAUAAGAAACUGCUACUGGCAGGUAACACGGACGCGGCUCAAGCUCGAGGGGAACCACGGAAAGGCUUGGGGAAAGCUAUACUGGAGAGGCAAACAAAUUAGUGAGCGGGAGGAGAAAAUCAGUGGUUCAUUGAAAUACAAAUGGUCAACAGGUUCAUCUUAGCCAAUUAAAAUAAAUACCGCGCAGGCUUGCCUUCAUACUGACUCGCAUUUGGGCGUUCAAGUUCAAGUUUAGUUGGCUGCGCCUCCGUGGGGACUGUUGGAAUAAUUCAUGUAAAAUCAUCUAAUCUUCAAGUUAUUUGGAAUGCCGCUUUCACGCUGGCCCAAGUAGCCUUGGGCCAAUUAUCCACCACAAUUAUGCCUCUAAUCCUACUGAGAGAAAUGUGCCGAAUAAAAGGAUUUCUUAACCUUC